AGUUUAUAUGUUGUCAAAUGCAUAGUUGAUACGGCAGUGUUUUUAUACAUAGCAAAUAAAAAGUGUUCAAAAUUCAACUAAUAUAAUGUAUAUUGAAAUCAAAUAAAAAGUUAUAUAUCAUAUGAAUUAUGGAGACUACACCGCUUUUGACACGGCCUAAAAAGAAGUCAAUAUGGUCGAGAUUCAAUUUCUCGAAGUUUCGUAAACGUGAAUUAUGUUCGAGAGUAAUAUAUUUAGGACAAUUGCCUGAAGAAGAAUAUCCUGCUAACUAUGUUUGUAAUCAGAAAUACACCCUCAUCACAUUCCUACCAAUUGUUCUGUUUGAGCAGUUUAGGUUUUUCUUGAACCUAUAUUUCUUGGUGAUGGCCCUCAGCCAAUUCAUUCCUAGUAUUAGAAUUGGAUACUUGUAUACCUACUGGGGCCCUCUUUGUUUUGUCCUCUCUGUGACACUCUUCAGAGAAGCUGUCGAUGACUUUAGAAGAUACAGACGAGAUAAGGAAGUAAACAGGCAGCGAUAUGAACGCAUAGUGUUAGACUCCGAUAUAAACGGAUACCGUCCAUUCAUCACAGAACAUGUUCCCGCAUCAACACUACGUGUGGGCGACAUUGUAAUGCUUCACAAAGGACAACGAGUACCAGCUGACAUGAUUUUACUUCGCACCAAUGAGACCAUGGGAACAGUUUUUAUAAGAACCGAUCAGCUUGACGGUGAAAUAGAUUGGAAAUUGAGAAUACCACUGCCUACGACGCAAAAACUUCCCACCGACGCUCAUUUGCUGGACAUUAAUGCCCAACUUUUCGUUGAGAAGCCAGAGAAGGAUAUACAUUCGUUUAUCGGCACGUGCACUCGUCUGGACGAAGAGGAGAGCGACUCCUUGGACAUAGAGAACACGCUGUGGAGCGGCUGUGUCGUGGCUUCGGGACAGGCUACCGGACUCGUCAUUUACACGGGUAGUGAAACUCGCAGUGUCAUGAACAACGCGGCACCACGUUCGAAAGUCGGUCGGCUAGAUCUACAAAUCAACGACUUCACGAAGGUGCUGUUCGUGGCCACGAUGUUCAUAUCCCUCCUACUCAUCGUGCUGAAGGGCUUCGACGGCCCGUGGUACUGGUUCAUGUUCAGAUUUGUACUACUGUUCUCAUAUAUCAUACCUAUAAGCCUGAGAGUCAAUUUAGACAUGGGCAAAGCAUUCUAUUCCUGGAUGAUCCAACGCGAUAAAAACAUUGAAGGCACCGUGAUGCGUUCCACCACCAUACCCGAGGAACUCGGCCGGAUACAGUAUCUACUGGCAGAUAAAACCGGCACACUGACGAAGAAUGAAAUGUUCUUCCAGAAGCUUCACCUCGGAAACGCCCUGUUCGAUAAGAAUAAUUUUUAUGAGGUAGAAGCGUUCCUAACGCAACACAUAACCAACGAUGCCCCGUCCCUGCCAACGUCCCCGGUGUCGGGGGGAGAGGCGAUGGCGCCGACACCACGACAAGUUUGGCAAGCGGUGCUCGCACUGGCUCUGUGUCACAAUGUCACGCCAGUGUACGACGUGGACGACCAGCGAGCUGACGAGGCCCAGUCAGAUAUGGGCAGUUCCGUAAUGUCAGAGAGUUGUGGGGGGGCGGUUCCGCAGCAACAGCUGUGUGACUAUCAAGCGGCCAGCCCGGACGAAGUAGCACUCGUCAAGUGGACUGACAUGAUGGGCGUGUCGCUGUACCGACGCGACUUGCACAACAUAUCCCUGAAGCUGCGCGCCGCCAACGAGAUCGUGUCGUACAACAUCCUGCAGCUGUUCCCCUUCACCAGCGAGAGCAAGAUGAUGGGUAUUAUUGUUCAGGAAGAAAACACUCAAGCGAUCACGUACUACGUUAAAGGGGCAGACGUGGCACUGGCGAAGCUCCUGAACUCGUCCUGGCUCUCGGCGGAGUGUACUAAGUUAGCGGCUGAAGGUCUACGCACGCUGGUCGUCGCCAAGAAGACUCUGACCAAGAACGAGUACUUGGAAUUUGAGAGCGAGUACAAGGAGGCGCGGCUGAGCGUGACGGCGCGCGCCGAGCGCACGGCGGCGUGCGUGGCGCGGCUGCAGCGCGGCCUGGCGCUGCUGGCGCUCACCGGCGUCGAGGACCGCCUGGCCGAGCGCGUGCCGCACACGCUGGCGCAGCUGCGCGCCGCCGGCCUCAAGAUCUGGAUGCUGACGGGCGACAAGCUGGAGACGGCGCUGUGCAUCGCGCGCUCGCUGCAGCUGGGCGGCGGCGCGCGCUGGCUGGCGGCGCCCGAGUGCGUGUCGCGCCGCGCCGCCUACGCGCUGCUCACCUCGCUGGCCGCCGACGCCGACUGCACCGACCUCAUCCUCGAGGGGGAGACGCUCGAGGUUUGUCUCCGGUCGUACGAGGAGGAGUUCGUGGAGCUGCUGUGCAAAUGCUCGGGGGUGGUGGUGGCGCGCUGCUCGCCCACACAGAAGGCUCGCGUGGCACGCCUGUUGCGCGCUAGAGGACUCGUCGUGGCCGCCGUGGGGGACGGCGGGAACGACGUCGCCAUGAUACAGGAGGCCGACAUGGGCGUGGGCAUCGAGGGCGCGGAGGGGCGCGCGGCGUCGCUGGCGGGCGACGUGAGCGUGCGCGCGUUCGCGUGCCUGGCGCGCCUGCUGCUGCUGCACGGGCGCCGCUCGCUCAUGCGCUCCGCCGCGCUCUGCCUCUUCAUCGUGCACCGCGGCCUCAUCGUGUCCACCAUGCAGGCUGUGUUCUCCGUAGUAUUUUACUUUUCGUCGGUGUCACUCUACCCUGGAUUUCUUAUGGUCGGUUAUGGAACUGUUUUCACUAUGCUGCCAGUAUUUUCAUUAGUAUUGGAUAAGGAUAUUUCGAGUACAACAGCACUGAGGUACCCGCAGCUAUACAAACAAUUGACAAAGGGUCGACAACUAUCGUACAAAACGUUUUACAUAUGGAUCGGAAUAUCUAUUUAUCAAGGCGGUGUAAUAAUGUACGGAGCGCUGGUCCUCUUCGAAGAGCAGCUGAUCCACAUCGUAGAGAUCAGCUACACGGCGCUUAUCCUGACGGAGCUGAUCAUGGUAGCGCUGACCGUGGACACCUGGCACCGCCUCAUGAUCCUUGCGGAACUGAUCAGUCUGCUCAUGUAUACUGCCACGCUGCUCAUCUUUACCACCUACUUUGACGCGGAUUUCAUACGACACUGGGACUUUUGGUGGAAAGUGACAACGAUCACGCUCGUGUCCUGCUUGCCGCUCUACAUCGUCAAGCACAUGCACAGGAAAUGGAGCAACCGCCAGUACAAAGACAUACAGAAAUAACGUAAUUAUUAUUAUUAGUCAUUUAUUAGAAACGUUUUGAACAAAUUAGUCGUACCUUUGUAUUGUACCUAUAUAUAUUAUGGUGUUAUGAGACUAAUCGAUUGACAUGUGAUACAUUUUAAGCAAUACUGAUGGAGAACCCGCUUCCAUUGCCGAUAAAUUUUAUCGAUCGAUAAAGUCACCACACUAAUCUAUCGACAUCGAUAAAUGGCUUCAAUCGACAUUCGAGUAACACCCUUAUAGGUUUUAUUUGUAACAUCUUUCUUAUUCUUUAGUAUUAAUAUAAUAGUAUUCGAUUCAAAUUUAUUUUCAGUCUAAUUUCAUUUAAGCUUACUUAUGUAUUCUUUUCAAGUAUUAUGUUCAAAAUGUAACAGGGAAAUAUAUAUCUGAUUAUUUUAUAUAUUAAUAUUACUAUCAAUUUAUGAUGUAACCAAAUUAAUAUAAUGUGUUCAAAAUUAUAAGUGACAAUUGCUAGAAUGUUCAGUGCCUUUUAUUGUCAGUAUUUUAAAAUUAUACUAUGAUAAAAAAUGACGUAUUUGAAAAAAAUUGGCUGCCCCAUUUCAAAAUGAAAAACCAUUGGUUCGAAAUUAUUUUCAUGUAAUUUGGUUAUUUACUCAUUAAUAUUUUUUUAUAUAUAUCGAUUUACUUUUUUUAUUAAGUUAUUUUUAAAUAGAAUUCAAUAAUGGCUUAGGUUUUGAACUUGGGCAGUAGAAAUAUUUUAUGUUUAUUAUAUUCAAAUUUAUAUUAGUGUUAAAGGCUCGCUACUCGCAAGGAAGCGGCAAUAACACGUGGAAGCAGGAUAGCAUAUUUGGCGGCAUGUGACGCUCUUUAUCGCACUUACGUGCCUCAUAAAACAUCAUGAAAGAAAAAAACAGUGUAAAGAAUUGAAUGAUUAAAUUAAAUUUGUAAUCAUUCAAAAUUAAAUAGAUGAAUAAUAUUCUGUAAAUGACAUAAGUUACACAGACAUAAUUUUAAAACAAUUCCUAAAAUUUUCAUUUUAGGAACUGUUUUAAAAUUAUACUAAGAUGUUAUUAAACUACAGUUCUGCAACAUGUGUAUUCCACCAACCCGCAUUGGAGCAGCUUGGUGGAAUAAGCUCCAAACCUCCUCGAAAAAAAAGCGAGAGGAGGCCUUAGCCCAGCAGUGGGACAUUCUCAGGCUGUUACUGUUAUUAAAAUACAAAAUAAUCUCAAAAAAAAAACCUUGUUACACACCAAUUACAUAAUUCAAACUUCGUACUGACGUCAGUUAUUAAGCCCGCAGGCAGCGAGUCUUUAACUAUUUUGUAAAUGUUUCUGUGUAAAAUUAUUAUUCAAAUUUAGAUGACUCAUAUUUACUUUAUAAUAAAACAAAUUGAAAUGACAAUUUCUAAAAAUUUGCAAUUACAAUUCGUUGUAUUCAGAAUUCUGAAUAGUCUUAUCUUUAAUUAAAAGAAUCACAAUCAAAUGAGUGUAUAUCUUAUGUAAAGAGAAGUUAAGACUCAAAUAUUAUUUACAAUAAUAUUACUGAUCUGUUAUCAAUAUAAGAUAAAAUAAGAAUGAAUAGUUUUUUUUUUUGUUUCGAAUCGUCAAUAUACUUUUGGUUUAUUUUUGCGAUUUCGUUUUAUCUUCUACAAAACAUUGAAAUUUAUUUUUGUUAUAAAUUAGAUAUUAAAUGAAAUAUUACUGUGAUUUCAAUAUUCGAUAUAUAGUUGUAAGGACAAUUUAUUCCAUAACAUAUAAAUAUAAGUAAUUAAUGACAGUUAUCAAGGUACAAAGUGUGUUAUUUGUGAUACGUAUAUUUAUUUGAUAGUUUAUAAAUGCGUUGGAGAUUUUUUUUUUGUUUAAAGUAUUUAUUCAUUAUCAAUAUAUACAUUAUUUUAUUUUAUGUUACUCUCGUGACGAUUGUGUAUGACACAGUACCUAAUAAAAUA